AUGAAAAAGACGUUGACGGAGGCAGGUUCCACAAGGGCCAACGAGGCCUGCUAUAUCAACCGGUCGCUAUCAUUCCUAGAGCAGGUUGUGCUUGCGCUAGGGAGCAAAAACCGAGCGCACGUGCCGUUUCGACAAUCACCACUGACCAACUUACUCAAGGAUUCACUGGGUGGCAACUGCCACACUUUCUUGGUAGCAUGCGUAUGGCCAGCGCCGGCACACGCCGACCAAAGUCUGGCGACACUGCGAUUCGCAGCUAGAAUGCGUCGUGUCAAAACUCAAGCGAUUAUCAACGUUGCAACCUGCGGCGCUGGGUAUAAACUGGCAAACGAGGAGAGAGCUGCGUAUCGCGACGAGAUUCGACGGUUGCGUGAGGAGCUUGUCCUGUACGAUGCAAUUGCUGGGCAGACGCGGGCCGGCCACAGCAGCAAGGGAAACAGUUAUCAUGCCGAGGAAUUGAGGCGUCAACAGAUAACCGAGUUCUUGACAGAUGCUGAGCAGGUCCCACCAGUGCAGAGCGCUCGACAAGUCCAUCAACUGUUGCAAAGUUUUCGUUCAGUUUGCCUGGAACAGAAAGCAUCGGUCGAGUCAUCAAUAAAUCUGGCGAGAAAAACCGAGAGCAAAAUGUCCGUCGUCUGA